AUGGCUCCUCCGGCUAUCAAAGUCCCGGGGCCGAACGAGGGUCGUCCGAGGGCGACUCUGGCCACUCCUACCGCCAUACAAUGGGCGACAACAACGCUGAAAGUCGGCGGCAUGACUUGCGGCGCGUGCACCUCUGCGGUCGAGUCGGGCUUCAAAGGCGUCGAGGGAAUUGGAAACGUCUCUGUGAGCUUGGUUAUGGAGCGCGCCGUGGUCAUGCACAACCCCGAAGCGAUCACCGCCGAGCAGAUCGCGGAGAUCAUCGAGGACCGGGGUUUCGAUGCCGAGGUCCUCUCCACUGAUCUGCCAUCACCGAUGUUCCCAGCCGAACAGAACCUAUUCGACGCCGACGACGAUGCCGGACUGCUCACCACAACGAUCGCCAUCGAGGGCAUGACGUGCGGCGCAUGUACGUCGGCUGUAGAAGGAGGAUUCAAGGACGUCCCGGGCGUGAAGAACUUCAGCAUAUCAUUGCUCUCCGAGAGGGCCGUCAUCGAGCAUGACCCGGACCUUUUGACUGCCGAGCAGAUCGCCGAGAUUAUUGAGGAUCGAGGAUUUGGCGCAGAGAUUGUGGACAGCGGAAGCUCCCAACAGGAGAAGCCCAGAGCCAGCAGUAAUCCUACCAGUACCGUGGCAACUUCCACUAUUGCGAUUGAGGGCAUGACAUGCGGGGCCUGCACGUCUGCGGUGGAAGGUGGCUUUAAGGACCUGGAUGGUGUAUUGCGCUUCAACAUCAGUCUGCUGGCCGAACGCGCCGUUAUCACCCACGACACGACGAAGCUACCCGCCGAAAAGAUUGCCGAGAUCAUCGAAGACAGAGGGUUCGGUGCCGAAGUAUUGUCAACCGCGUUCGAAACUUCCGCGCACGGCAGUUCCGCGUCCACAGCGCAGUUCAAGAUCUACGGCAACCCGGACGCCGCCCAAGCUUCAGCACUGGAGACGAAACUGAUGUCGAUUCCGGGCAUCAACACCGCCAAGUUCAGUCUGGCUUCAUCCAGACUGACGGUCACGCAUCAGCCGAAUAUUGUUGGCCUACGAGGUAUCGUCGAGGCAGUCGAGGCAGAGGGCCUCAAUGCCCUGAUUUCCGACAACGAUGACAACAACGCGCAGCUUGAGUCACUCGCCAAGACCCGAGAAAUCAAUGAGUGGCGGAGAGCUUUCAAGAUGUCCCUCUCGUUCGCCAUUCCCGUCUUUAUGAUCAGCAUGAUCAUUCCCAUGUGUUUUCCCAUUGUAGACUUCGGCAGCUGGGAACUUGUUUCCGGCGUCUUCCUCGGCGAUUUGAUCUGUUUGGCCCUUACGAUACCCGUCCAAUUCGGCAUUGGAAAGCGUUUCUACAUUUCUGGUUGGAAAUCUAUCAAACAUGGAUCUCCUACCAUGGACGUCCUCGUCAUUCUCGGCACUUCCUGUGCCUUCUUCUUCAGCUGUGCGGCUAUGCUGGUGUCGUUCCUCUUCCCGCCGCAUACCAGACCCGCCACCAUCUUCGACACCAGCACCAUGCUGAUCACUUUUGUUACUCUUGGUCGAUUUUUGGAGAACCGAGCCAAGGGCCAGACUUCCAAAGCGCUCUCCCGACUCAUGUCGCUGGCCCCUUCGAUGGCCACUAUUUACGCCGACCCGAUUGCCGCCGAGAAGGCUGCUGAGGGCUGGGAGAACGCAGCUGUUUCCGGCGAGCCGAAGACGCCCAACCGCGAUGGCCACGCGGCUGAGGAGAAAGUCAUUCCUACGGAACUCCUUCAAGUCGGAGAUGUCGUCAUCCUCCGCCCUGGCGACAAGAUUCCUGCUGACGGUGUUCUGGUCCGUGGCGAGACCUACGUCGAUGAGUCCAUGGUCACUGGUGAAGCUAUGCCAGUGCAGAAAAAGAAGGGCAGCUACUUCAUUGGUGGUACUGUCAACGGUCAUGGACGUGUCGACUUCAGGGUUACAAGAGCUGGUCGUGACACUCAGCUGAGCCAGAUUGUCAAGCUCGUCCAGGAUGCUCAAACCACUCGCGCUCCCAUUCAACGUCUCGCUGACACCAUUGCUGGCUACUUUGUCCCUGUCAUUCUCCUGCUUGGUUUCAUGACUUUCAUUGUCUGGAUGGUCCUCAGCCAUGUGCUCACGAACCCACCCAAGGUCUUUACCGAAGAAGCUAGUGGCGGUAAGUUCAUGGUGUGCCUCAAGCUGUGCAUUUCUGUCAUCGUCUUUGCCUGCCCCUGUGCUCUCGGUUUGGCUACUCCCACUGCUGUCAUGGUGGGUACUGGUAUUGGCGCAGAGAAUGGAAUCCUCGUCAAAGGCGGAGCUGCUUUGGAGACGACAACUAGAAUCACCCAGAUUGUCCUCGACAAGACUGGUACCAUCACCUACGGCAAGAUGAGCGUUGCGAAGAUGAACCUUCUUCCUGCCUGGCAAGACAGCGAAUGGAGACGCCGACUCUGGUGGCAGAUCGUUGGUCUCGCUGAGAUGGGCAGUGAGCACCCGGUUGGCAGAGCUGUUCUGGGCGCUGCGAAGACAGAACUCGGUCUCGACGAGGAAGCCACGCUCGAUGGCAGCGUCGGCGAAUUCAAGGCUGCUGUCGGCAAGGGCAUCAACGCCCUCGUUGAGCCCGCUGUCACCAACAACCGCACCCGCUACCGCGUCCUCCUCGGAAACGUCCGCUUCCUCCGCGAGAACAAUGUCAAUGUCCCGGCUGAGGCUGUCGAGGCCUCGGAGCAACUAAACGCAAAGGCCAACUCCAGCUCCAAGAACACAUCCGCAGGCACCACCAACAUCUUCGUCGCCAUCGACGGCUCCUACACCGGCCACCUCUGUCUUUCCGACACCAUCAAGGAGGGUGCCGCGGCCGCCAUCGCCGUCCUCCACCGCAUGAAGAUCAAGACCGCCAUCGUUACCGGAGACCAGCGUUCCACCGCCGUGGCCGUGGCUGCCGCCGUCGGUAUUUCCCCAGACAACGUGUGGGCCGGCGUCUCGCCCGACCAGAAGCAAGCCAUCGUCCAACAGCUUCAAGAGCAGGGCGAGGUCGUCGGCAUGGUCGGCGACGGUAUCAACGACUCCCCCGCCCUCGCCACCGCCGACGUCGGCAUCGCCAUGGCCAGCGGCACCGACGUCGCCAUGGAAGCCGCCGACGUCGUCCUCAUGCGUCCCACAGACCUCAUGGACAUCCCCGCCGCCCUCCACCUCGCCCGCUCCAUCUUCAACCGCAUCAAGCUCAACCUCGCCUGGGCCUGCCUCUACAACCUCAUCGGCCUUCCCUUCGCCAUGGGCAUCUUCCUCCCCUUCGGCUUCCACCUCCACCCCAUGGCCGCCGGCGCCGCCAUGGCCUGCUCCAGCGUCAGCGUCGUCGUCUCCUCCCUCCUCCUCAAGUUCUGGACACGCCCCAGCUACAUGGUCGACCCCUCCGCGCAGACCAAGCGCCGCGGCUUCGGCAUCGUCAACAGGAUCAAGUACGCCGUCCGUCGCCUCAGGGGCAAGCGCACGCAGGACCAGGGUUACGUGCCCUUGGCCAACAUGGCGGAUCGGGACGAGUAG